CUUGUUUUAACUGGCCUGGGAACUUAAACUUUUGAACUUUCCAGUCCUGCAUCAAUGCCUGGAUACACAUCAGACCUCCCGAUAACCCUCUGAUUACCCCCUGAAGGACUCACGUAUCCAGACCACCUGACAUCCAUUAUCCAGAGCAGUGGACGUGACCAGACCUCCUGGCACGCAUCCUCCAGGCCAUCUGGCGUUUAUCAUCCAGACCAUGUGACAUCUGACUGAUAACCAUUUUGGGCCAGUCCUAGGGCUAAGAAUCAAAACUGAGUCUCAAGAACGCACUUUUUACUAUAAGAACUCCUAGCUUUGCUUUCUUCUUCAGAACACUUUUGGUUUUUGCCUAGUUGUAUUUGCAGUCUGCAAGCUCUAAGACCUGAAUAAAUCUUUAUCAUUUAUUUCUAGCCAAAGCCUCCAAACUCUAUUUGAGUUCAUUUGAUAUGAUCCUCUGGGGGACUUUAUGCUUCCUGAGCCUGCAGCUUUGAGCUCUUCAGAGUUUGAGGUUCUGUUCCACAAAGGGUCAUCCUCCUGCAAGGGACAUAGUGAGGGUCCCACUGAACUACAAGUAUGGCUACUCCAGGGCUUUGGACUUCUAUGGCCAAGGAGUCACCAUCUUGGCAGGGGUAAUUGCCCUCAAUCAGCAGGUGGAGGCUUUGUACCUUGAGAAAGGGACUGCUUACUCCUGUCAGAGGACUGACUCAAGGAUUCCAGAAUCCCGAUAAAGAGAGAGUCUUCCACAUUCAUGAAGCAUGUUCAUCUAUACACGUGAAUCAUGUUCGAGAUAAGUUGCGGGAGAUAGUAGGAGUAUCCACAAACUGGAGAGACCAUGUGAAAGCAAUGGAAGAGAGAAAAUUACUUCAUAGCUUUUUGGCUAAUUCACAGGAAGGACUGCCACCUAGGAGAAUGAAAGACAGUUAUAUCGAAGUUCUCUUGCCUUUGGGCACUGAGCCUGCAUUACGCGAGAAGUAUUUGACUGUUCAGAACACCGUAAGAUUUGGCAGGAUCCUUGAGGAUCUUGACAGCUUAGGAGUUCUUAUUUGCUACAUGCACACCAAAAUUCCUUCAGCUGAGAUGUCUCCUUUAUCGAUAGUUACGGCUCUUGUGGACAAGAUUGAUUUGUGUAAGAAUUGCUUAAGCCCGGAACAGGAUAUCAAGUUCAGUGGCCAUGUUAGCUGGGUUGGGAAGACAUCCAUGGAAGUGAAGAUGCAAAUGUUCCAGUCACAUGGCAAUGAAUUUAGUCCUGUUUUGGAUGCAACGUUUGUAAUGGUGGCUCGUGAUUCUGAAAAUAAAGGGCCGGCAUUUGUAAACCCGCUCAUCCCUGAAGGCCCUGAGGAAGAAGAGCUCUUUAGACAAGGAGAAUUGAACAAGGGGAGAAGGGUUGCCUUCAGCUCCACAUCGUUACUGAAAAUGGCUCCCAGUGCUAAGGAGAGGACGGCCAUACAUGAGAUGUUUCUUAGCACGCUGGAUCCAAAGACAAUAAGUUUUCGAAGUCGAAUUUUGCCCCCUAAUGCAGUGUGGAUGGAGGAUUCAAAAUUGAAGAGCUUGGAAGUUUGCCACCCUCAGGAGAGGAACAUUUUCAAUCGGAUCUUUGGUGGUUUCCUUAUGAGGAAAGCAUAUGAACUUGGAUGGGCUACUGCUUGUAACUUUGGUGGUUCCCGACCAUUUGUAGUAGCAGUGGACGAUAUCAUGUUUCAGAAACCUGUUGAGGUUGGAUCCUUGCUGUUUCUUUCUUCCCAGGUUUGCUUUACCCAAGACAAAUAUAUUCAAGUCAGAGUACACAGUGAAGUGGCCUCUCUGCAGAAUAAAGAACAUACGACCACCAAUGUCUUUCAUUUCACGUUCAUGUCGGAGAACGAUGUGCCCUUGGUUUUCCCCAGAACAUACGGCGAGUCCAUGUUGUAUUUAGAUGGGCAGCGGCACUUUAACUCCAUGAGUGUCCCGGUGACCUUGGAAAAGGAAUACCUUGUGGAGCCCUAGGGACCCUGCGCUUGUUGAAGACCAGCACUCCUCAUUGACGAAGCGCCUGAUGAAGGCCUGAUCACCUGUAUUGGUUUUAGCAUUCAUUCUCAUCCUCCAUAGUAAAAAAGAAUAUAUUCAGCUUUUAGGAUGAUCAGAAAAGCAGAACGAGAGAGUGGCUGGGUGGGGCAAAGCGGGAGAGAGCUAUCAAAUAAUAAAUGCUUUCAAGAUGGUUUAUAUUGUGAACCUACCAUGUUGCCUCCUGUCUGUUAAAAAAUUAGGGCUGAUGCCUUUUUACACCAUUGGAAACAUUCUUAGCUUACGCGUAUCGCAAACCCGCGAUAUACAUUGGGUUGUCGGAAAAGUCAUGACACAUUUUUGCAACGAAAAACAGAAAAAAAUACGUCAUUACUUUUCCGACAGCCCAAUACUGUGGCUUCCUGCCAAGGCAUUUGGAGGGCACGCUUCAAGCCCGACCUUUGCUGCAGUCCCCCUGUGUCAUCUAAAUCCCAUCCACCCUGCAUGAUUCCUUUGUGUUUUGCCUCCCUCUACUUCCCAGCUUUUGUUGUUACACAGGGUUGUUGAAAAGUUGAGUUGAAGGGAUUUGAUGAAAGAUGUGACAUUCGGAAAGAUUUGUGGGAAACCUUAGAUCUAAAGCCAUCGCAGGUCGCGCUAGUCAGACAGGCUCUAUAUGAGGAAACACAGGACUGUGCGUUCUUUCUUUCACUCACCAGGCAGCUCUUGACUACACUCCACUAGGGGCUGGGCAGGAUGUAGCUGAUUAAAAAACAAGAAAAAUAAUAAUAACAGCUGCACAUGCUUCUGGAGCAUUUACCAUGUGCUAGGUAGACACUGUUCUACACACUCGACAGGUGUUAGAUCAUUUGUUUCCUCCAUCAACACGAUGACGUAGGUUCUGUCACCCCCCUCAUAGGGUUAGGUCACUCAGGAAACUGAAGCACAGAGACGUUAAGUAACUUGCUCAAGACCCCACCACUGCUAAUCAGUGGUGCUGGGCUAUGUAUCACAGUGUCACCUAAGCACCCAAAGGCAGGUAUUCCAUGAGUCUGCAGCCAAGACCCAGGUUUUUCCUUAAUGGGACGGGAAGUUGAUCAAAUUCAGAGGAGAAAGACCAGGCUGUAGAGAAGAAAAAAGUCAUCUCUGAAAAGGUGCUCCCAGGAAGUCUUUCGAGUGGCUUCAAGAUCAGUGGUCACAAACUUGGCUCCUCCUCAGAAUUAGCUGGAGUGCUUUUAAAGAAAAUCCUCUUAGUUUAGUAUAUAUUGAAAUCACAGUUACUAUGAACAAGCAGUUCUGGCAUAGUCAGUCCUGGGCACGAACACCAUUGCUCUGGAGUUGUGCAGUAUGACUCCUGGAAUUCAGCCUGUGCAGCGCUCUGGUAGCUUGCUGGCUCAGUCUUCAUCUCCCCAUGUGCUACUUACUACCAACCCGAGCUUCACGUGGCUCUUCACAGAAUUUUGCACAUCUACCUAUAAACCCAGUGGGGUCCCGAGGUGGCUGAUGGGAAGGGACAGGCCCUGGGGAGUUGUGUGACUGUGUUAAGUGAAGUUCAGUUAAGAGGCGUGCAUCCUGUUGUAUAGAUUAUAUAUUAUCCAUUUAUUGCUGUACACGGAAGCUUUUUCUAGAACUUUCCUUGCUAUUACAAGCAGUGUUGCAGUAAAGAUCCUAAGUAGCUAAAACAUUUAGGCCUCAAAUUAUUUCUUCAGGAAAAUUGUAGGGAAAUGACCUCUAGGAUGAAAUAGUAUGCGUUUGUUGAAGGCUCUGAGUUCGUAUUUCAUGUAACCCUCCACAACAGCUGCACACAUUCACUUAGCAGCAGUUUCUCUGAGCUUUGCCAAGUUUUAUCCUGUUCUUUUAAAAAUCUUUGCCAUUUCCAUAGGUGAAAAUCAACAUUUCAUUUAUUGCCUGUCUUUGAACUCGACUGAAAUUGACCUUUAAGAAAUUGCUCACUGUCUUUUUAGUUAAAUGACUUGUUUGAGUAAUUUUGGAUAUCACAAUAUCAACCCCCAAAUCUGUUAUCUACCAAUAAAGUUUUUUAUAAGAACUA